UCCCGCCAAAGUCAGUUACAACUGACCAAAGACUUACGCAGAGUAUGUCAUGCAGUACGUGUAGCGCGAUCGCGCGAACCGGUUAAGUUUGUUGCACGAAGCGAACCGCGUGCCGUCACUCGCAACAAUAGGCAUCUCUCAUUUAUCUUAAUUAUGAAAAAAAAAAAAGAAGACAAAAGUGAUCAAAACUCACUCCUCGCAAUUUAACAAUCACAAAUAUUUCGAUGUUUCCUCCAGUCAGUUUCUGCACGUUCUCGCGAAUACGUGUGUCUGAGAGAAGACGAAGCUAUGGUGUAAAACAAAGGAGAGCUGAUGAUCGAGCGAGAGACAAAGUGAAAAAUAUACAAAAGAGCUACGUACCUUAGCGUAAUCGCCGACAAUCUGCUUUUUUACUCUUGUCAUCUCACACGUUGAAUACAUUUUGUCGUGAUUAUUUGUAAACGAUUAUUUACAGAUAAGUGCAAGUCAUGAUCAAUCAAUUUGUGACAAAGUGCAUCUCUAUAUUUUAUAUUCGAUCAAAUUAGAGUGACAUAAAAACCAUAAAACUUGGAAAACCAAGUACAUUUAAAUAAUUUUAUAGUCAAAUACACAUUACCAAAAAAAAAAAAAAAAGUUAAAGCGUUUUUGCAAUAGAAGGUCAGAGAAGAAUGUGCAAAAAAGGAGAGACUGUCUUCUUUGAAAAAAAAACGUCAACUUUGCAUAUAGCAAUAUGAUAAAUAGCAUUCAAUUUAAAACCGACGCUUACGUAAUAAACUAAACAUUGUUCAAUAACGUAAUAACCGAUAAGCUUAAGUAAUUUCGAGAAAAUCACGUGAGAUAAAAAAAAAAAAGAAAGAAAAAAUAAGAAAAUUGUUAUAAUUACAAGCGAUUUUUGAAGAAGAUAAUAAUCGGAUUAUAAUCCUUUCGCACGAAUAUUUGUGGAAAACAACUGAAAUAACAGAAAGGACAGGACGGAGAAAAAUAUUUCAAGCGAUUCGAGCAAGUUCAGACCGAGCGAGGAAGAAUGCAGAUUUUCACUCGACUCGCGAGAAAAUAGAAGCUUCGCUUAUCUUAAUUGGCAAUCUUCUUUAACUCUGCUUCUGAAUAUAAAUCUCUAUUAAUUGUGUCCGAGCAAUGUGCGAUAAUGACCGAGUUUCGUCCGAAGAAACGAAGGCAGACGCGUUCGAGAUGAACAAUCUGAAAAUGCCGAUUGUUCUCAACGAGGGCAGACAUCCCUAUCCCAUCACCAGAAGCUUCAACAGUCACCAGAAGAACCAAUCGCUCUCCGUGAGAUUGGCGUCUACCUACCGAUCUCUAAGAAAUACAAAUCCCGCGGAAAAUUAUCUGCAAAGAAUCGGCGAUGCGACGUCGGAAUCCGAUAACAACCGGCUCGAGAUCGACGCCGGCGAGGCGCCACCGGCCGACGAAUCCUUUUUCUUCGACAACUUAGAAUACUGCAAGAACCACUACGUGAAUGGGGCCAAGCUGAGAUCGGCCAUUUGGUCCAUCGUCGAUCCGAUGGAAACGAAACUGUUGUUGUCCAUGGAAAAAACCAGCAAGGUGUUGCCGAACGUGUGGGAAAACGAGAGAUUACGAGACGUUGCCUAUAUCUGGGCCUCCUACCGCGGCUUGCUUCAUCUUCUGCUGGAACUGGACAAGGUCGGUGCGCGCUUCAAUUACGUCGAACCGCGAACAGGUCUAAAUGCUAUAUUGGCAGCGUCGUUGGGUGAUCAAGUUGCCUGCUUGGAGCAUUUGAUUAAAAAGGGAGCCGAUGUCAAUUGUGAGAGUUUGGUUACCCGUUAUACUCCGCUGCAUUUCGCGGCGCUCAACAACAGCUGGCGUGCCGCGGCCACGUUGCUCGACAACGGCGCCAAAUUGAAUUACGUUUGUCAGGAAGUCGUCGAGCCGGUUCUGCACAGUGCUGUCCGCGCGAAGGCUGUAGAAACUGUGAAGCUGCUGCUCGAGCGUGGCGCCAGUUUGGUCGAGAAGAACCACUUGGGCCAGACGCCGCUCCAUGUCGCUUGUUUCGUUCAGUCUGUACCGUGCGCGGAACUUUUAUCAGCCAGCGCAUCCAACGUCAACGCGGUGGACAGGGAGCACAGAACUCCUCUGCACUUUUCCGUGAUGAGCACCGACUCGUCCGCCGAGUUGGUGCAGCUGCUGCUGAAGCGCGGCGCUCUCGUAAACGCGACCGACAAGACCGGCUUCACUCCACUCCACAUCGCCGCGCUCAACGAGCAGUCCCGAUGCGUCGACGCGCUCAUCUGGGCGGGCGCCGACAUCAGCGCGACCACGUGCACCGGAUUGUCCGCUCUGAACAUCAUACUGAAGAAGAUUCCCGAGUCCCUGCAAGUGUUCCAGCAGCGACUGGACGCCUCCAUCACACUGACCCGACCGGUGCCGCACAAUCGCGAGUUCGAGAUGCGGCUGCACUUCGACAUUCUCUUUCCCAGCAACAAUAACAAGUGCGAGACCAGUUUCAUUAAUAGUUUCGUGCAGGAACACCGGAAGGACUUGCUGUCGCAUCCGCUGGUCAUGGCUUUUCUGCAUCUAAAAUGGGAGAAAAUUCGUAAGAUCUAUUUGCUGAGGAUACUUCUGUACACUAUGACGGUAAUAUGCAUGACCACAUACGUGCUGAGCGCAUUGGCGUACAAUUGUUACAAUCACGACGCGACGAACAACUCGACAUCGAACAAGGUAUGCAGCAGCAGACGAAGCACUGGUUUCCUGUUUCGAAGAUCAGCCAUCGAGGUUCAGUGGUAUCUCGCACUGGUCUUAACGUGCUUCACCAUACCGAGGAAGAUCUUCAGUUUCAUGGUCUACAAGUCGGUGAUAAAGUACUUCUCCGUUAUCGACAACGUGCUGGACAGUGUGGUCGUGGUGAGCGUGUUCGUCACGUCCUUCAUUUACACGGGACGCACCUACGAUUGGCAGAACUACGUCGGCGCGUUCGCUAUACUCUGCGCUUGGACCAACUUGAUGCUGAUGGUGGGACAGUUACCGGCUUUCGGCACCUACGUCGCCAUGUUCACGCACAUUCAAUUCGAGUUCGCCAAGCUUCUGCUGGCGUACUCGGGUCUGUUGAUCGGUUUCACAAUCAGUUUCUGCGUGAUAUUCUCGGGCGAGCCCGCGUUCGGCAAUCCUUUUACCGGAUUGAUCAAGGUCCUGGCCAUGAUGGCAGGCGAGUUGGACUUUGAGGGACUCAUUAGUCAGGCGGACGAUAAACCGGCGAGCGAAUCAUUUGUUAUUUAUCCUCUGUCUGUGUGCUCGCAGAUUCUCUUCACACUGUUCAUAGUGUUCGUUACCGUGAUCUUGAUGAAUUUAUUAGUCGGUAUCGCUGUUCACGAUAUACAGGGUCUUAGGAAUCACGCAGGACUCACGAAAUUGGUGAGACAAACGAAGAUGAUACUCUUCACGGAAAUGGUGCUGCACAAUACGACAAUUCCGUACGCGUUCCGGAAAUGGAUGUCGGAUCACAAAAUCGACGUGGAAAAUAGGAAGAAGGUACUCGUAGUGAAACCGCUCAAUCCGCUCGAGAAACGAUUGCCCAAGGAAAUAAUGAAGUCUGCGUAUGAAAUAGCGAAGAAAAAUGUUUUCCUUAACGACGAUAUCAACUACAGCGAUCACGCCGCUUGGCUGAAACGCCGACAGAACGAAGAGUGUUCCAACGCGACUCUGCAGACGUCAAUCAAGAAACUGAUCACCAUGAUGAAAGUAAACGAGAAUGAUAUAAAAUUGUUGAAAAACCAACUGCUGGAAAUGAACAAAAUACUGGAAAGUGCCGCAACAUCUUUGACAAAGAAAGAACGUUGUACCUCGUUGUGAAUAAGCGUGAAUGAUAUCGUGCGAUUAUAUUUCCACUAAUUUUGACGGAUAUGACGCAUAAAGUGGAUGUCGAUGCUACAAUUAACGGUGGAGGGCCUACCGGACAAUCAG